GCUAAAAUACUUCCUCACCGAUUCUCACUCAAAUUAAAUCAUAUGGCAUCUAUUUUGCCAUUCUCAAAUGCUCUUGGAAAUGCACCGUUUCAUCACAAAUAUCAUGCACAAGUCAAUUUAUCCAAACAUGCACCAUGUAGACAACAAAGAGUGGAAACAAAGAUAAUUACUUGCAUAAACUUGGAUCAAAAGGGAGAGCCACAUUCACAUAGGCAGACCCAAAAUGGAAAAAUAAGACGUCAAGAGAUUAAUGACGUUGUUCCAGGAUCAUGGGAAUCAAUGGAAGGGCUAGUUCAUUGCAAUGCAAAUUCUGUUCCUUUGUCACCUAUCAACUUCUUGGAGAGAGCAGCAAAGGUUUGUAGAGACAGAACAUCACUUGUUUAUGGUUCUUUGAAGUAUAAUUGGGGUCAAACUCAUCAACGUUGUCUCAAACUCGCUUCUGCUCUCUCCCAGUUGGGGAUUUCUCGUGGAGAUAAGGUUGCCACACUAGCACCUAAUGUCCCUGCAAUGUAUGAGCUGCAUUUUGCAGUACCAAUGGCUGGAGCCAUUCUUUGUACUCUUAAUUCACGCCUUGAUGCAAAUAUGGUUUCAGUCCUAUUGGAGCAUUCACAAGCAAAGAUUCUAUUCGUAGACUAUCAACUACUCGAAGUUGCUCGAGGAGCAUUGGACCUCCUAGCCAAAAGAGCGAAAAGAAAGCCGAUUUUAGUCAUGAUCAUCGACUCUGAUUGCACAUCUAAUAUUGACAUUACUUCAAUUAGUUAUGACUAUGAAAAACUUAUAGCUAUUGGACAUAAUGAUUUUGAUAUUGUGAGGCCACACAGUGAAUUAGAUCCUAUAAGUAUAAAUUACACCUCUGGCACUACAUCUAGGCCUAAAGGAGUUGUCUUCAGUCACAGAGGUGCUUAUCUAAACUCUCUCGCAACCGUUCUACUCUUACAAAUGACCCUCUUUCCUGUUUAUCUUUGGAAUGUUCCAUUAUUUCAUGCUAAUGGUUGGUGCUUAGCUUGGGGAGUGGCAGCACAGUUUGGAACCAAUAUUUGUCUAAGGAAAGUCUCUCCAAAGAACAUAUUUGACAAUAUAAUUAAGCAUAAAGUAACAUAUAUGGGAGGAGCUCCUACCGUUUUGAAUAUGAUUGCGAAUUCUACAUUGGCCGAUAGAAAGCUGCUCAAUCACAAGGUAGCAGUGAUAACUGCAGGUUCCCCUCCACCGCCACAGAUCCUUUCGAUGAUGGAAGAAAAUGGUUUUAAUAUUACUCACAUGUAUGGCCUCACAGAAACAUGUGGUGCAGGAACUUUUUGUGCUUGGAGACCUGAGUGGGACAUGUUACCUCCUAAAGAAAAAUCAAAGAUAAAAGCUAGGCAAGGUGUACCACAUGUAGGGUUGGAGGAACUUGAUGUCAAAGAUCCUUCAACAAUGGAUAGUGUUCCGGCUGAUGGAAAAACGGUUGGUGAGGUAAUGUUUAGAGGGAAUACAAUGAUGAGUGGUUAUUUUCAAGACUUCAAAGCAACAGAAGAAGCAUUCAAAGAUGGUUGGUUUCAUAGUGGCGAUCUUGCUGUGAAACAUUCUGAUGGUUACAUUGAAAUCAAAGACCGGUUGAAGGACAUAAUAGUAUCUGGGGGAGAAAACAUCAGCUCAAUCGAGGUAGAAACGGUUUUGUAUAGCCAUCCAGCGGUCUUAGAGGCUGCGGUUGUUGCUAGACCUGAUGAUCUAUGGGGCCAAACUCCUUGUGCGUAUUUGAAAUUAAAAGACGGGUUUGAUGCAGAUGUUCAAGAAAUAAUAAACUUUUGUAGAGAUCGUUUGCCGCAUUUCAUGGCUCCAAAAACAGUCAUUUUUCAAGAUAUGCCGAAAACUUCAACAGGUAAGAUACAAAAGUUUGUUUUGAGGGAGAAAGCAAAGGCCUUGGGAAGCAUUUCUGGACCCCUAGAAUGUAAAAGAAAAUUUGUUAAGUGCUCAAGUCAGUAUGAAGAAUAAUCAAUAAGAAAUUUAAUAUGUAUGCAAUUUCACUUUUAUUAGAAUAUAGAUAGAUAAGAUUGGAUGUAUAUCACAUUCUUAUGAGAAUUUAUUGGUUGAUCAAGUUAUGUUGAGGACAGAAAACUGCUCAAUAUUAAUACAUAUUUCAAAAAAGUAGAUAAUGGAAACCUUAA